GUAAGGUAGGAGGGAGGGCCGUUUGCUGCUUUGUUGUUUUGUUCCUGCGUGCUGGUGCUGACGUGGCCUUUAGAAAGUGGCUUUUGUAUGCAGCCGAGAGACCUGGUUUCAGAUGCCAGCCGGAGCAUCUUCAGGCUCAUUAAUAAUGGAGGCGUCUGACAGGGGCAGCUUCGCUUGCUUUGUUCCCACUGUAGAUGAAAGGGGACAUGGAUCUUUCUGUUUUGCCCAAUAACAACCAUCCUGACAAAUUCCUGCAGCUUGACGUGAAGUCUUUAAUGAGGAGCUCAACCCUUCUGCCGGCUAGCCUCGCGAGAUUUCCGGGUGGAAAUUAUCCUGCUACACAACACUGGCAAAACCUUGUCUACUCACAGAACCCUGGGGCUCCUCAGAGGAAAUCUGUGAGCUGCCGUGAAAAGCCAGUGGUGAGAAGUCCUUCCUACAAUAUCAGAAUCUGCAUUAUGCCUGCAGACCAAGAAGACAGAGAGGAAGACAAAUACACUAUUGGGGAGAGAGAAAAUAACGUUGCCACUCAACGAACCAAGGGAUUUGUCGGGGAGAUCCCAGUCCUUCCUGACAAUCCUCCACCAUCCAUGUCUUCAGUUAUGAAGAAUAACCCAUUAUAUGGUGACAUAAGUUUGGAAGAAGCUAUGGAAGAAAGGAAAAAGAAUCCUUCAUGGACCAUUGAGGACUACGACAAACAUUCUGUGCAUACAAAUCUCUCGGGACACCUGAAGGAAAACCCCAAUGACCUACGCUUUUGGUUGGGGGAUAUUUACACUCCAGGCUUUGACACUUUGCUGAAAAAGAAGAAGAAACGCAACAAGAGAUCAAAAUUAUGUCACAUGGGUCUGAUAUUACUCCUCGUGUCCUCCAUCUUGGUUACCAUAGUGACACUGAGCACGUUAUUCACCUAAGGAAAUGGAAAAUCCUUCUUUAAAGCUCUCAAACGCCUUCUACAUAUUUACAGGAGAAAAAAAAAUCUAUCUGUGCAUUGUGAACAUACCCGUUACUGCCUGUGUGACUAAACGCCAUUGUCCUUUAGAGUGUGAGCAUCACUUGUGUUGUGCUGGCCUCUCUGCUUUGUUCUGUGAAACCUGUAAUGUGAUUCCAGUCUGGGUUUUGUCCCUUGUGAAGCAGAUGUUUCUGGGGACCACAGUAACACAAAGUCGCUACAUGCAACCACAAUCAAGCUUGACGAUAGAUAGCAGACUGCACCAAGGACUGGCGGCUGCUUUUCUCAGUCAGGCCUCAUCACUCCUAUUUGGUUUUCACCACACCAUUCCUUGCUCCUCCUAUGGGCACCGC